AUGGCCAAGAAGCAACUUGUGAAGCUGCAAGGAGAAAUCAAUAAGAUUAACGCAGAUAUAAUUUUGGACACGUCUGUUCGUUGCACAUUUUUGACAGACGAACAUACUGAAGCCCUGAUCAAGUCUUCAGACAUCGUAGGACGUGUCGACUUCUCCAAUGAAGAAAAGUUAGAAAUUCAAUCUGGAAAAUUAGCAAGUGCUCUUGAUGAUAGUGAAACAGAGUUAGUCAGUGCAAUUAUUGAUGAGGACUGUAGCCUGUGUGAUGAAGCCAUAUCGGCUUUACUCGAUUUGAAAAAGUAUAAGGCUAAACUCAUUUCUAAGAAAGAACAGGAUGUGGAUGUUAAGAAAGAAAAGGAUGAAUUAAGUCCUUUAAGGAAUUUCUUGGAUAAUGUUGAGCGUCAUCUAAGGAGCCUUGAGGUUCUAGAACAGAACAUAAAUCAGGACGUAUUCAUAUCGAUGAUACGAGCAAAACUUCCUGAAGAUGUGCUUCUUCAAUUAGAAAUGUUAAAUGGUGCUGAAAGAAAAUGGACAAUAGCUACAUUAAGGAAUAGACUGAGGGAAUAUAUAGCUGCACGAGAAAAGUCAGACAAACGGCAGUUUGAUACAAAACCAAAGAUACCACAAAAUAAAUCGCUGUAUCGUGGUUCGGAGAGUGAUCGAAUACCAAAUAAAUCAAACUAUGGUUAUAAAGCAAUAAGUUCGGCUGAGGCUUUGGUUGCAAAUACAAAGAAACUAACGCCGCAGCAAUCAAAACCAAGUAAAGAUUACUCGGAAAUGUGUAGAUACUGCGCAAAACAUCACUGGAGUGACGAGUGUCUCCAGUACCGGACACUCAGUGCGCGUAAACAAGUGCUUAAGGAGAGUUGUUUUAGAUGCUUAAAGGUUGGACAUAAAACAGCAGAGUGUAAGAAGAACAAAGUGUGUGUCUAUUGUGGGGAGAGAAACAGCCACCAUAGAAGUAUAUGUCCAAAGCGCUUCAAGAUUUCUGAAUCUAGUGUUCAUUUAACGGAAGAGUUGCCAAUGACACAAAAAGGUGAUAUUCCAGAGGAAAACGUUCUUGUCUCUUCAGGAGAAAUGGUACUGAUGCAAACGGCGAAAACGGAAGUUAAAGGUGCAAAAAGUGACAGACACAGAGUCGUGAGAAUGCUCUUAGACUCUGGUUCUCAGAGGUCAUAUGUUUCGGAGGCUUUAGCUCGAAAAUUAAACCUAAAACAAGAAGGAAAAGAGGAAAUCAAUGUUAUGACGUUUGGUAGUGAUAAAUCCAAAGUUGUGAAAACAAAGAUAUCUACAAUGGAACUUAAGUUAAAAACGGGUGAUUAUAUGACAAUAUCGGUGAAUAUUGUGCCUGUGAUCAGUGGAAAUAUUCAAAGGCAACCCAUGAAAGGGCUAUCCGAAAAUGCCAAUCAUUUGUUGAAAUCAGUGGAUUUGGCAGAUGACAUUGCCGAAGAUAGUGAAUUGUGCCAAAUUGAUCUGCUCAUCGGUAAUGAUUACUACUUGGACAUUGUGCUAAGUCAAAAACUUGAAGUUCAACCAGGAUUAUAUUUACUUAGUUCCAAAUUUGGUUGGAUACUUACCGGACGUACACAGGAAGGUGUCCAUGACAGAAAUGACGUCAACAUGUUAAUUAUGACGUAUGGUACAAAGUUUAAUGAAAUCACCGCAUUCGUUUCCACCGAUGAUUGUUUACCGAAAGUGCCAGAUUUAGAAGAUUUCUGGAAAAUCGAAUCCAUCGGAAUCAAUGAUUGUCCAACGCUUUCUAGUGACGAAAAAGCAAUGUCAGCAUUCAAAAAUACGCUUCAAUUCUCUGAUGGACGUUAUCAAGUUAAAUGGCCCUGGAAGGACGAAUCACAAGAUAUACCAGUAAAUCGCCAACUAGCUAUGGGACGACUGCGUUCGACAAUUGCUCGAAUGAAAGAUAAACCGGAGUUAAUGAUAAAGUACGACAGUGUGAUACAGGACCAACUGACCAAAGGUAUCAUCGAAAAGGUCAACGCAAGGACUGGUAAAAUGAUACAUUACUUACCACACCACGCAGUGAUUACUCCGUUGAAAACAACCACGAAAUUGAGAGUAGUCUACGAUGCGUCGGCAACAUCUAGAUCCUGUGACAAGAGUUUGAACGAGUCCCUUUAUAGGGGUCCUGUCUUGCUUCAUGACCUGUGCGGAAUGUUGUUACGGUUUCGUGUUCACAACAUUGCAGUUGUCGCCGACAUAGAAAAGGCGUUUCUCCAAAUAGGAUUGCAACCAAGUGAUCGUGAUGUGACGCGUUUUUUAUGGAUUAAAGAUUGUGACAAACCUGUGGUUAACAAAGAUACGAUCGAAGAAUAUCGCUUCUGUCGUGUUCCUUUCGGAAUAAUAUCGAGUCCGUUCCUUGUAGGUGCUACCAUAGAAUCUCAUUUGGACUCGUACGAGUGCGAAUUGUCUGAGAAAAUUAAGAAUGAUAUAUACGUAGACAAUCUAGUAACAGGAGCAAGAAACAUCACAGAAGCAAUUGAGCUUUACAGCGGUACAAAGCAAAUGUUCAAUGAAGCCUCAAUGAACAUAAGGGAAUGGAUAUCUAAUAGUGUUGAAGUGAACACUGUUAUUCGGAAAUCCGAUCGAGCUACUGAAGGUUUAAUGAAGGUUCUUGGACACAUCUGGGAUACAAGCAGUGACACUUUUGGAUUAAAUUCAUCUACAGUGCUUGAAAAAGGUGUACAGACCGAAACAAAACGUACUGUUUUAAAGUCAGUGGCGUCAGUGUUUGACCCCCUAGGACUUUAUUCACCAGUUGUGCUACAAGGUAAAUUGCUUAUGCAAAGUUUGUGGAAAAAGCAAGUUAAAUUGGACAGUGAGCUCGACGAUGAAGACAAAUGUUUGUGGGAUGAUAUAAAGGCAAACUUGAAAAAGAUAUGUGAGUUCCAGAUUCCAAGAUGUGUGACAUUAAUUGCCAAAGAUAGUGUGAUUGAAACCAGCAUUGUGUGUUUUUGUGAUGCCUCUGUGAAGGCAUACUCUUGUGUGAUUUACCUACAGCAAGAAACCAAAGGUGAUUCAAAGGUAGAAUUAGUGUUUGCAAAAACAAGAUUGGCUCCAAUAAAGGAAUUAACAAUUCCAAAACUUGAACUUAUGGCGGUUGUAGUUGGUGUAAGGUGUGUGCAAUUUGUGAAGGAACAACUUAGAAUGAAUAUUGACAAUGAGUGUCUAUAUACAGAUUCAAAGUGUGUUUUACAAUGGAUUAAGGCAAAGACGGAAAAGUCAGUAUUCGUCAGAAAUAGAGUGGCCGAAAUACAACACCACCAAUCAAAACCCAGCUGA